AUGUCCCUGCUAUUUACUGUUUGUCUCUGUGUACGUCCCCAUCCAUCCUUUUUAAUUUCUCUUUCCCUUUCUCAUUCUCUUCUCACUCCUCCUGCAUUCUGCAUUAUGUUUCUUCUUCUGUUUCCAUGUCUUCUGUAUUGUUUCUCUUUCACUUUCUCUUCUCACUCCUCCUGCAUUCUGUUUCUCUUUCUCUUUCCCUUUCUCUUUCACUUCUCACUCCUCCUGCAUUCUGUUUCACUUUCCCUUUCUCUUUCUCUUCUCACUCCUCCUGCAUUCUGUUUCUCUUUCCCUUUCUCUUUUCUCUUCUCCUCCUCCUGCAUUCUGUUUCACUUUCCCUUUCUCUUUCACUUCUCCUCUCCUCCUGCAUUCUGUUUCUCUUUCCCUUUCUCUUUCUCUUCUCACUCCUCCUGCAUUCUGUUUCACUUUCCCUUACUCUUUCUCUUCUCACUCCUCCUGCAUUCUGUUUCUCUUUCCCUUUCUCUUUCUCUUCUCCUCCUCCUGCAUUCUGUUUCUCUUUCCCUUUUCUUUCUCUUCUCCUCCUCCUGCAUUCUGUUUCACUUUCCCUUUCUCUUUCUCUUCUCCUCCUCCUGCAUUCUGUUUCACUUUCCCUUUCUCUUUCUCUUCUCACUCCUCCUGCAUUCUGUUUCACUUUCCCUUACUCUUUCUCUUCUCACUCCUCCUGCAUUCUGUUUCUCUUUCCCUUUCUCUUUCUCUUCUCACUCCUCCUGCAUUCUGUUUCACUUUCCCUUUCUCUUUCUCUUCUCACUCCUCCUGCAUUCUGUUUCACUUUCCCUUUCUCUUUCUCUUCUCACUCCUGCUGCAUUCUGUUUCACUUUCCCUUUCUCUUUCACUUCUCACUCCUCCUGCAUUCUGUUUCUCUUUCCCUUUCUCUUUCUCUUCUCACUCCUCCUGCAUUCUGUUUCACUUUCCCUUUCUCUUUCACUUCUCUCCUCCUCCUGCAUUCUGUUUUCUUUUUCCCUUUCUCUUUCUCUUCCUCCUCCUGCAUUCUGUUUCACUUUCCUUUUCUCUUUCACUUCUCCUCCUCCUGCAUUCUGUUUCUCUUUCCCUUUUCUUUCUCUUCUCCUCCUCCUGCAUUCUGUUUCACUUUCCCUUUCUCUUUCACUUCUCCUCCUCCUGCAUUCUGUUUCUCUUUCCUUUCUCUUUCUCUUCUCACUCCUUUGCAUUCUGUUUCACUUUCCCUUUCUCUUUCACUUCUCACUCCUCCUGCAUUCUGUUUCUCUUUCCCUUUCUCUUCUCACUCCUCCUGCAUUCUGUUUCACUUUCCCUUUCUCUUUCUCUUCUCACUCCUCCUGCAUUCUGUUUCACUUUCCCUUUCUCUUUCUCUUCUCACUCCUCCUGCAUUCUGUUUCCCUUUCUCUUUCUCUUCUCACUCCUGCAUUCUGUUUCCCUUUCUCUUUCUCUUCUCACUCCUCCUGCAUUCUGCAUUCUGUUUCACUUUCCCUUUUUUUCUCUCCUCCUCUAUUGUUUCUCUUUCCCUUUCCCUUUCCCUUUCUCUUUCUCUUCUCACUCCUUCUGCAUUCUGUUUCUCUUUCCCUUUCUCUUUCUCUUCUCACUCCUCCUGCAUUCUGUUUCACUUUCCCUUUCUCUUUCUCUUCUCACUCCUCCUGCAUUCUGUUUCACUUUCCUUUCUCUUUCUCUUCUCCUCCUCCUGCAUUCUGUUUCACUUUCCCUUUCUCUUUCUCUUCUCCUCCUCCUGCAUUCUGUUUCCUUUCCCUUUCUCUUUCUCUUCUCCUCCUCCUGCAUUCUGUUUCACUUUCCCUUUCUCUUUCUCUUCUCACUCCUCCUGCAUUCUGUUUCACUUUCCCUUUCUCUUUCUCUUCUCACUCCUCCUGCAUUCUGUUUCACUUUCCCUUUCUCUUUCUCUUCUCACUCCUCCUGCAUUCUGUUUCUCUUUCCCUUUCUCUUUCUCUUCUCACUCCUCCUGCAUUCUGUUUCACUUUCUCUUUCUCUUCUCACUCCUCCUGCAUUCUGUUUCCCUUUCUCUUUCUCUUCUCACUCCUGCAUUCUGUUUCCCUUUCUCUUUCUCUUCUCACUCCUCCUGCAUUCUGCAUUCUGUUUCACUUUCCCUUUUUUUCUCUCCUCACUCCUUCUCUAUUGUUUCUCUUUCCCUUUCCCUUUCCCUUUCUCUUCUCACUCCUCCUGCAUUAUUUUUCUCUUUCCCUUUCUCCUUCUCCUACUCCUUCUGUAUUGUUUCUCUUUCCCUUUCUUCUUCUCUCCUACUCCUUCUGUAAUGUUUCUCUUUCACUUUCUCUUUCUCUUCUCACUCCUCCUGCAUUCUGCAUUAUGUUUCUCUUUCACUAUCUCCUCUGUACUCCUCCUGUAUUAUAUUUUUCCCCUGACUCUUUUCUUUUGCUUUGUAUUCCACUACUUCUCAUAUUUCUUCUUCUUGUCUCUCUUUCUUCUUGUCCUUUUUUUCUGUUCCUCUCCCUUGUAUUGUUCUUCAGUUUCCUUUCAUCUCUUCUUCUUUUUUUAUGUUCUUCUCUUCAUGUGUACGUACCCAUAGACAAUUUCAUGCAUCCAGGUGAGAUCAGACAAAUCAGGCAUAUCAUCUUGCAUCCAAUUGGAUUUUCUAUCAUCAUCACAAUCAUCACCAUCCUCUCCUCUUCCUCCUUCCCAUUCCCCCUCCUGUCAGAAAUUGGCAGGAAGUAA